UUUACCAGUAAAAUAGGAUGCCUGGAGCCAGCGGCGUCAACGGGGAGGGCUCUUGUGAGGCCCUGUGUCGGACCUUGGUGUCUCAUAACGGCCUGCAGAGAGAGACGGCCGACAUCUCCCAGUCUGUCCUCUACACCUCCCUGAUGGGGCUGCUUCUGGUCACUGAUCACGAGAAAGAGCAGCUCACCUUAGGAAGUGGAAGGGUUGGCCUUAGAAACAUUGGUAACACAUGUUUCCUGAAUGCAAUAGUCCAGUGUUUGUCUCACACGCGUGGCCUGCGGGACUACUGCCUCCUCAAGCUCUACAAGCAGGAGAAGUUCUCCAAAGAGGAUGCUAAGCUCAUGGAGACUUUCUCUCAGGUUCUGUCAGGCCUUUGGGAUGAAAAUGAAGGAGACACAGUUGUAAAUCCAAGACAGUUUUACAAUCUCUUUAAAGAAGCGGUGCCUUAUUUCAGUGGUUACAGUCAACAGGAUGCACAGGAGUUCCUCAGGUUCCUAUUGGACAAGCUGCACACAGAAAUUAACCGCAGACCCUACGUUCGACGAACAGGGAAGGAGCCUGAACAAAAAUUUGCCAGAUUUAGGAUUUCGGAAGAGGCAGCUGCCAUGUGGAAGAAGCACUUGGAGAGAGAUGACAGCAGGAUAGUAGACCUGUUCUCAGGCCAGCUGCGGAGUUCGCUGCAUUGCUCAGUGUGCUCCCACUACUCCAACACAUUUGACGUGUUCUGCGAUCUGUCGCUGCCCAUACCCAAGAGGAGCUUUACUGGGGAGGUCACGCUGAGGCAGUGCCUGGACCUCUUCUCUCAGGAGGAGAAACUGGACAAGGAGAAUUCACCAAUGUGUGAGAGGUGUAACAGGCAUACAGAGUGCACCAAGCGGCUGUCCAUCCAGAGGUUUCCCCAGGUUAUUGUGAUCCAUCUAAAUCGUUUUACAAUGUCACGGUGGUCUAUCAGUAAAAGCACAGUGUAUGUGUCCUUCCCACUCACUAACCUGGACCUUGGACCCUACGGACCUGUCGACUCUGGCCCAGUUCUGUAUGAUUUAUAUGCAAUAUGUAACCACACUGGGACAGUGAACAUGGGUCACUACACAGCCUGCUGUUCAGAUGAAAAUGGUUGGUGCUUCUACAAUGACUCCAGUGUGACUCCAGUCUCAGAAAACCAGCUUCAGACCAAUCAAGCCUAUGUGCUGUUCUACCAGCGCAGCAAUAGCAACAGCACCACCACAACCACCGCCGUCAGGAAAUAGAUCAGAGACUGGCUGAGCCAGGCAGCCAAUCGGAGCGACUUUACCUCCAGUGACCAUAGAAACAAAUAGAAGCAGCAGUGCUCUAAC